AAAGACAAUGUUGAUCCAGGAGGUGGCUUAGAGACAUUUAAAUACACAAGAAGCAAGCCUUACUGUGUGGAAACAUAAUGGCCCCGAAUUCUAAUACUGCCAUGGGUUGGGGAAAACAAAAGAGAAAAUGCUCCCUAUGCUUCCUUUACUGGCUCCACAUUUCCCAUUCCCAUUCAUUUUGUACUGACAUGCAUGAAGACAAGCGAGGUCAGGGAAAGAGCAUCAGACCCCCAAGAUGUCCAAUUUUGACUUAUACUUUUUUCCUGAAAUGUUACCAGUGAAGCUAAUUCACAACCAGCAAACACACUCUUUGCCAAGGGAGGCACCAGGCUGGAGUGUUAAUGUAUGAAAGACGUGCCCUGCUUGUAAAAUGAGGAAGGGGCAUUCACUGCUCUUACGAAUCAAACAAAAGAGAAAAAUAGGGGCUUUUCCCUGGUAGCAAAGAAAAGCCAAGGAUGGUCCCAAGAAAAGUGAUGGCAGCCCUUCUGGUCCUGUACACGGUAGCCAUGCUGGCUGAACAGAGCGAAGGCUACACUGCCUUUUUUACUCGGGAAGAUUUCAGAAAAAUGCAGGAGAAUGAGAAGAACAAGGCACAGAGGAAAUCCCUGAAUCUGCAGCAGCGAUCAGAACCAAAUGAGUUUCCUGAAUUUUUAGAAGAUGAAGGGCAGAUCAUCAAGCUGUCUGCUCCUGUAGAAAUUGGGAUAUAUCUGAAUUCUAGGCAGCUGGAAAAAUACAAAGAUGUCCUACAGGAACUCCUAACAGAGAUGUUACCCAAUACUCAGAAUGGUACUGUGUGGAUCUCAAAUUUUGUUUCUCCUUUUCCUUGGAAGUUCUUUCUGUGCCAAUAUUCCAGGAAUUGUUUUCAUAUCACGAUUAUUUUUAAAUCACUCAUUUUUAAAAGCCACUUAACAACAUCAUAAAUCUUUCUCCCAUCUGUACCAGUCACAGGCAACAGAAAAGGCUACCCCAACUCAUUGUUAAUUUGCACAAGCCUUCCUCAUUCACAUAGAGGUGUUCAGCCAGAGCUUGGGGCAUUACUUUUUGGCCACAGUUUUCAUAACUGGUUAUGCUGCAUAAGGUAUUCUGGGAGAUGUAGUUUAAAAGGUAGCUUUCCUGAGCUACUUUUCCUGGAGAAGAGACAGGCAUGCAUACAUUUUAAUUAAA